AUGGAUAAACAAUCGAAGUCAGUGAAACACAGAAAGUUAUCAAAGAACGAAUUUAUCACAAAGAAAUACUCCAAAUUACGGUUUGAUGCCGUUCGCACUCCUAAACAAAUUGAACGAUGGAAUCGUCUUACUAAAAGCGUUUUCAAAACUGAACAUCAUUUCAAUAUGAACAAACCUUAUAUUUUAAACCCUACUACGAAAUGUACACGUAACCUGGUUGUUUUCAAGCAAAUACAUGUACCCAAGAAAUUUAUUUGUCCUUAUUCCAUGAUGUUUUCACCAUUUCCAAGAUCUCAAGAAGAAAUCAAAAAUCGACAACGUGAAAAAUGCCACGAAAAGAAUUAG